CACCAAAACGACACCUGAUUUCAGAACCACGAACUGGACACGACGAACACAGUGGUGCGGGUUGGUCUUCUGGAUCUGCAUCUCUGCACAGAUCUAAGAACCCUAAUCCAACCUCCGAUCCCAUUCACUUCCGGAAAUGGACUCCGAUGCUGCUGAAGACUCCUCUCCAAUGGCUACUCUCCUCCCUCUCGCCUCCGUCUCUCAACAACCCUACGUCUCCGAACUCCUCUCCUUCACACUCGAUCGCCUCCACAAGGAACCAGAGCUUCUUAGAGUUGAUGCUGAACGAAUUCGUCGGCAAAUGCAAGAGGUGGCAGUUAAUAAUUACCGUGCAUUCAUUUCUGCCGCUGAUGCUUUACUAGCAAUUCGAGAGGAAGUAUCUUCUGUGGAUAAACACCUAGAGUCUCUGAUAAAUGAAAUACCAAAGCUGACAUCUGGUUGCACUGAGUUCAUUGAGUCUGCAGAACAGAUUUUGGAGGAGAGAAAGAUGAACCAAACAUUGCUAGCCAAUCAUAGUACUUUGCUUGACUUGCUUGAAAUUCCUCAGCUCAUGGACACAUGUGUACGGAACGGCAAUUAUGAUGAGGCUCUUGAUUUAGAGGCUUUUGUUUGCAAACUUUCAACAAUGCACCCAAAAUUGCCAGUCAUUCAAGCACUGGCUGCAGAAGUUAGGCAAACAACCCAAUCUCUUCUUCAUCAGCUUCUCCAGAAACUUCGAUCAAAUAUUCUGUUACCAGAUUGUCUCCGCAUUAUUGGAUAUUUACGUCGAAUAGGAGUAUUUAGUGAGUUUGAAAUGCGUUUACAGUUUUUGAGAUGCCGAGAAGCAUGGCUCACUGGAAUUCUUGAUGAUUUGGACCAAAAAAAUGCUUAUGAUUACUUAAAAGGGAUGGUAAACUGUCAGAGGAUGCAUCUCUUUGAUGUUGUUAACCAAUACCGAGCCAUAUUUGCUGAUGAUACAUCAGGAAGUGAAGAAAACUAUGAUGGUGGACUUCUUUUUAGUUGGGCUAUGCAUCAGAUAACAUCUCACCUUAGAACUCUGAAAGCCAUGCUCCCCAAGAUAACUGAAGGCGGGUCUUUGUCAAAUAUCCUGGACCAGUGCAUGUAUUGUGCAAUGGGACUUGGUUGGGUUGGACUGGAUUUUCGGGGAUUGCUCCCAUCUCUUUUUGAAGAGGCAGUUCUCAAUUUAUUCUCAAAGAAUAUGAAUACAGCUAUAGAGAAUUUUCAGUUAGUAUUAGAUUCACAUCGUUGGGUACCAUUGCCAGCUGUUGGCUUCCCUUCUGGUGGCGUAGGUGAAGAAACUCGGGAGGAUGUGACCCCCCCAUCUUAUUUAAUGGAGCAUCCACCUCUUGCAGUGUUUGUUAAUGGUGUAUCUGCAGCGAUGAAUGAGCUACGGCCCUGUGCUCCAAUAAGCUUAAAACACGUGCUUGCGCAAGAAUUGAUCAACGGAUUGCGGGCUGUUUCCAAUUCCUUAUUGAGGUACAACGCGUCUCGGAUGCUCAGAGAAAACGAAUCACUUCUUUUCCUCUCACUUUGCCGAGCAUUCAUCGAGGUUGCUUAUCCACACUGUGCCACUUGCUUUGGCCGCUGCUACCCAGGCGGAGCUGCUCUCAUCAUGGACGCAAAGAACUUGUACGACGGAAUUGGCAACCUAUUAGCAGUUUCCGCCUCAAGAGAACUCCCCAAAUCAGUGACCACCACAGAGGAGAACAGUGUAACAGUAACGGAAAACGGCAACCUGCCCAACGAAGAGAAUGGAGUCAUGCCUGAAACGGAGCAGGCUCUAAAUGGCAAAGUAGAUGAGGAGGAGGAGAAUGACCUCACUUCCCUAACUGAAAAACCUGCGGAUGAAUGAAGCAACCUACAGAAGCAAUUCUCCUUUUUUAUUUUUGCAGUUGUCCACUCCAAUUUUUUGGUCUGUUGUUUGUAAUUAUUACGUCAAAAUGAUUUCUUACAUGUUGUAGGAGUCAACUCCAUAAUUCUUCUAUCAAACUAGUGAGAGAGAACCAAGAAUUUUUUUUUCCUUA